GCGCGCGGCACUCUGCCCCUGGGGUGGACGGCAUCCCCUAUGCCGCAUGGAAUGCCUCUGACUGCUGUGUCGACGUCUUGUGCAACACCCUCGACUGGGUGCUCAGCGGGGGGUCCCUCUUCGAUGCCGCGAGUGUCACGCUGCAGGCCUUCCUGCCCAAGGGUUCUGAGGACGAGGACGAG